AUUCUUUAGAUUCAUCCCAUUUAGCAGAAGAGUAAACUUUAACUUCGACAAAAAUAUUUAAACCAAAUCAUUAAAACUAUAUUGAGAUAAAAAAAAACACACAUCAUGCCAUGUAAUUAAACAAGACAAGAAAAUUAUCCAACGUUGGGUAACCAAUCAUAAGAUACCAAAUGCAACAUUAAUUCUUAGUCUUUUGACAUAUAAAUUAACUGCGAGCGGUACUCUUAAUACAAUGAUCAAAUACUAAUAAUAAGUUCUGUCAAAGAACAGUCUAUCUUUGGACCGACUGUUAUUCACAUGAAUAAUAACUUUAUAAUUAUCACGUAUUUACCAUUAAGGUAUUUGAUUACUUGUUCAGUUAGUGUCGUCCUUUGGGUCGAUCAUUACCCAUAUAAGUAACCUUACACGUACAUCCAUGUAUUCUAAGUGGAAUAAUCUUUCACAAGUGGAGGUUAGUUUGGCAACAUACUGCUAAAAUUAAAUUAAUUAAAAUACCGGACAAUUCUCUCAUAAUCACAAAAUAUCAACAAGUGAUUAAUUACCAUUAAGAGAGAAUUACAAUAAUAAUUUAAAUGAAGGUUUACUCCAUCCCAAGACACAAUGCACUCCAUUAAUAUUUGUCUUUAGACAAAAUAUUAUGUUACACCCCGCUCUUCCCAAAAGUCAAAAUUACUAUUAUACCGUUGGGUCAAGUUCCACCGUAUUAUCAAUGAGGAUUAAAAAUGUGAACCAAUAGUUCUAACGGUGUCGAGUUUCGACCUGAAGUGAGAAAAUUAUGGACGUCAACUGAGUUUCGGAUUGAACUCACCCGUAAAUUAUUAAAUGUCCAAAAUACCCCCUGAACUAAUUAAAACUUAAAGCCAAUCUCGAAGCCCAUAUCCCACUCGGCCUCGCGACAAAAAACCCUAAACUAUCUCCUCUCUCUCUAUCCCCUCGUGCAACCUUUCUUCCCAGGGCUCGAUCGAUUCUCUACCAACGAGGCAGGUGCUCCUCUACUACAGACCAACCAAGCAGGAGAUGGCCAAGCACAGAUGCAUAAUAGGGCGGCGGAUGAACAGAGCGGCAGAACAUACUCUGUUUUAUUUUUAUUGCCAAAUCGGACGGUAUGCCACUGGAUGGAAGAAAACUGGAUGUUCGGCGUCAUCCCCUUCCUACUACGAGAGGUGCAUGCUUGACGUGCCUGCUUGAAUGGUCACUAGCGGCGGCGGAUCGAAUCGCGACGGGAGGAGCAUCGUUGACGAGCUUUGCGACGGGAUCUGUGCUCGGCAAAUAACGGAAACGAAUUAUGAGUUGAUCAACGUCGGGAAGAUCCAAGUCGUGGAUAUGGUCGCGAAGAGGACAAUCCCAGGAUCAUCACGGUGUCGACGAAUCCAAAAUCCAACAUCAGACGGGGGAGAACGGAGCCUCCGAAGUUUGGACACCCGUUCUCCGAAGUUUGGACACAAAAUUGGUCAAGUUCACAUACAGUUCUUGGUAAUUUAAAAAAGUAAGAGCACUGGUACGUAAAUUUUCCAGAAGGGUCAGGGUCAAUAGGUUGACUGGGAGAAGUUCAGAUUUGGUGCCUAGUAUUUUGGAAUCUAACAGAAUUCGUAUUUUGGGCCUAUCUUGUUCGUUUGACGUCCAAACGAGGAAUCGUCGGCGCCUACAUGAUCGUAGAGGUGAGAGGAGAAUUUAAUGGAAGCAAUUCAUGGAAUUUUGGAGCAGAAACAGAGACGGUUUUGAUGGAUUUGAGGUGAGUGUAAAGGGGGUAAAUUCUACGCCUUACGUGUUCUUUCAAGUAUUACGAGCUUUUAAGGAUUGUGAUGAAGUGAUUGUCGUUGUUUGAUUGUGCUUAUGUUUAAUGAUAUGUGCUUUGGCUGAGUUACGAUUUGAAGUGAACUGUGGAUGAGUUUAGUUCCUAUUUGAAGCUUCAUAUUUAUGAGUUGUCGUUAAAGUCUAAAAACAAGUCCUUUUUAAAGAAGUUCUUCACCUUCAAGAAGGUGAAAUCGUUUUAAGAGUUUUUAGUCACUAGGGCUAGUCUAUUGCCAUUUGAGAUAUUGAGAUAGAGCACAGCAGUUAUGCUCAUGAGACUUUUAAGAUGAGCAGUAGUUAUGCUCUUGAGAUAUUUUAAGAUGAGCAGCAGUUAUGCUCUUUAGAAUCGUGGAAGAAGAGCCUUCCACGAUAAGUUUAAGUUUAAGGAAAGCCUGGAGGGCUUCUCGUGCGUAUGAGUUGGGCAACCGGACUAGCUAGUGAGGGAUCCCCAUGUCGGUCAAGUAUUUAAGUCAAGCUUUGAGAUUUAAGAAUGGAGAAUAACAGUAACUCACAUACAGUUUUAAGAGUGGAAGCUAGCUAGAAGAGUUAGAGGAGGAGCUAGAGGAGCAGUUAGAGAGCAGCGAGAUCGAGAGAAACAGUUCGAGGGAAGCCAACUAGAGGGUAACGACACGAGCGUCUUGGAGGUUGUCCAAUCAAAGUUUCCUAUGAGCAGCAGGAGUAGUUGAGACUAGGUAGUUAUUACGUUUUAUGAUUAUGAAUAUAGACUGGAGAUCUAGUUGAGUUUUUUAAAGUUCGAGCUAAGUUGCCCACGUGAUAGGGCGUUGCUUUGAACUACAAGAGUGUGUUUUCAGAAAAAAAAAAUUAUGAAAUGUUUUUAUUGCAAUUUAAGCUUUGAGUGUUUUGAUUUUCAAGGAUAUUUUGGUAAAAUUAGUACCCGGUCGGGGGUUAGGGUGUUACAUAUUAACUUGUAAGUAAUGCCUUAUGAUCGAGUAAUUAAAUAUUGAUGAUAAGAACAUGUGAUAGUAAAUCUACCUUUGGUCCGAUUUAACAUUCACAUGCGAACCAAAUGAUCAUCACAUAUUUAUUACCAUGCGCGCAUAUGAAACCUUAAAUAUCCACCUAACUUUGGACUAGUGAAUACAUAAUUUGUAUGCGC